GUUGUGUUCAAGGCUGGUAGAGCUGCUGAGAUCUGCAGCUAGAUAUGCAGGAUUCUGGCAAACUACUGCAACCUGACUCUUCAUAGAGGUGUUGUUGCCUUUCUUCUGUUGCUCAAUUGGACUCAAAACUGAAGCAAAUCAACUCACACUGAUAAGAUAAGCUACAGAGACUGCAACAACUUUCACUGCUCUCUGAAUCCUGACAGCACUCUCUUGAAAGCAUUACAGGUUUGAUCUUAGAUUUCUAUCUACUUGUAAAAGUUAAAGAGGUUAGAGAUUAAAGGGCUCAAGUAGUUACUUAAGAGACAUAACCACUGAGUUUCUGUGAUUCUGUGAGUUGCUAAUAAAAAUGCCACAUUGUUGUGUAUUUUUGGAAGCGAAUCACCAUGCUGAAAUCAGCAUUGCACGUGUUUUGGUUUCAGUUAGAGUAAGCUGGUUGGUGUGUUUUGCAUCCUGGAGGGGCAGUGGUGCUGAAGUAUGCAUGCAAUGCACUGUGUAACCAUUGUGCUUCUGGAUUUGCCAAGCCUCAGUAAAGUGGAUGGCUUACAGUUCCGUUAUGAUGAACCUUAGCAUGUAAAUAAAAACAUUAAAAUGCACUCUUGAAAAAAUUGUUGGCAGCAAGCCUAACCUUAAAAGGUGCCUGGUAUGAUAACACCUGUUAGCAGUCUGUGGGGAACUGGAUAUCAAGCCUGUAAUGGCAGGUUCUGUGCUGCUUGUUUUCCAGUGUGUGUUUGGGGCGAUAGUGCUGUGUUGUCCGAUUUCUGUAGGCUGGCAUUCAGGAAGGAUCACAAAGGAAAGUAAAAUAUUUAUUUCAAGUAUGUUUCAAAGACAGGAAUGAAGCACUUUUCUCAAAUCUGUGUUUUUUAGGCCCAUACCUUUUACUUUUUCUGUUAGCUUUUCAGUCGAGCUAAGUUUGCUACAUCCAUACUCAUUUUGACAGAUUCCUAAUGCAUUACUUUUAUCUGCCUGAAUAGUCCAGAAAUUAUAUGUUGAUGUUAUUGUAUGGGUAUUUCUUUUGGUCUCACCACAAAGUUUGCAUAGAACCUGAAGUUAGAAAUGCUUCAUUAAAUGUGCGGAAGUCUACAGCCUCAAAACUUGGAUUUUGUGGUGCUGAACACCUGCAAAAUGUAUUUAAUGAUCAUAAGAACACGUGACUUUUUUUUAGAGUUUGUGCUGUUGUAUUACUAUGAAAAUGAGGGCUAUUGGCAGUGCAAGCCAAGGGAGGGAGAAGGGAGAUAUUCUGAUUCUUUCAGUUUCUAUCUUCUAGUUUGCAUUAGAGGUCUAUUUGGAACAGAAAGCAAACUGAGACACUUGGUAGUGUUCUGCUGCAAUGAAUAUUCCAUAUAUCCACGUCUUUCCUGGAAGGUUGCAAUAGGAGGGUGUCUUCUGAACGUGCCGUGCUAAACCUUACAGCUACAUCACUCCUUUCUAAGAGAAAAGGGAAUGUGGAGUACCUGCUACGGCCAUCACUGCCACAACUGCUAAAAUGGAGGUGGUUUCAGCAGAAGUAAACAGCUUGCUCCCUGAGGAAAUAAUGGACACUGGUAUAACUCUGGUGGAAGAUGACAGCAUUGAAGCGGUUAUUGUGUCUUCACCAAUGGGAGAUUCUAUUCCCAUGGAAACAGAACUGGAAGAAAUAGUGAACAUAAGCUCCACCAGUGAUGCUUCAGUUACAACUACAGCCACGGUCACUGCAGAACCAGUUACUGCACCCAGUAAUCACUCGGGCGAUGUGACUGCAAACGCCACAACUAUAAAAACUGAAGGAAAUUCGGUAGUAAAGCCUGCCUUUCAAAGUGGUCUCCAUAAACUCGGUGCUCAGACUCCGGUCACUAUAUCAGCCAAUCAGAUUAUUCUGAACAAGACCACUGACCUUAAAAUAGGCAAUCAGAGUAUUAAACCAGAUGGGCAAAAGCUGAUUGUAACAACUUUGGGCAAGACUGGCCAACCCAUUGUUUUAGCAUUACCCCGCUGCCAGCUCCCGCAGGCACAGAAGACUGUGUCCCAGACCCAAGGUGGAGACUCCAAAGUACAAGGCCAGCAGAUCAAAGUUGUUAUUGGAGGUCGGUCAGAAGUGAAACCUGUUGUUGGUGUCUCAGCUUUAACACAAGGAAGUCAGCUGAUAAAUACUGCUGCCCAGCCUUCUGUUUUGCAGACCCAGCAAUUAAAAACAGUACAGAUUGCAAAGAAGACCCGAACUGCAACUUCAGGCCCAGUGAUCACCAAGCUCAUCUUUGCAAAACCAAUCAAUAGCAAAGCUGUUACAGGGCAGACCACUCAAGUGUCACCGGUCAUUGCAGGCAGGGUUGUUUCACAAUCUACUCCAGGAACACCACCAAAGACAAUAACUAUCUCUGAGAGUGGAGUUAUUGGAUCAUCUUUGAGUACAACAACACAACAGACACCGAAUAAGAUAGCUAUCUCUCCACUCAAAUCCCCUAACAAGCAGCUAACAGUGGUGUCAGUGGCCUCCCAGCCUCCCAACUCCCCCCAGAAGACGGUGGGCGUCCCACUGAAUGUAGCGUUAGGACAGCAGAUCCUCACAGUGCAGCAGUCAGCACCCUCCUCCCCUGGGAAGGCCAUAGUCAACCACACAACCACGCAGGCUGUGAAAUCAGCAGUACAGGCCAUUACUGUAGGAGGAGUGGGUACGUCUCAAUUCAAGACAAUUAUUCCCUUGGCAACUGCUCCAAAUGUUCAGCAGAUUCAGGUACCUGGAAGCAAGUUCCAUUAUGUCAGACUUGUUACUGCCACAACAGCCAAUAGCUCAACCCAGUCGGCCAGCCAGAAUCCCAGUACGAAUACGCAGCCUCUCCAGCAGGCAAAGCCAGUGGUGGUGAAUGCAACCCCAGUGCGGAUGUCUGUUCCCAUAGUGCCAGCACAGACCGUGAAACAGGUGGUGCCCAAACCCCUCAACCCAACUUCCCAGAUAGUUACAACAAGUCAACCCCAACAAAGACUAAUUAUGCCAGCCACUCCACUGCCACAAAUACAGCCCAACCUCACUAACCUGCCCCCAGGCACUGUACUGGCACCAGCACCUGGCACGGGAAAUGUUGGCUAUGCAGUCCUUCCAGCUCAGUAUGUUACACAGCUACAGCAAUCAUCAUAUGUAUCUAUAGCAAGCAACACUGGCUUCACUGGGACAUCCAGUAUCCAGUCCCAAGCAAGGCUACCAUUCAAUGGAAUAAUUCCUUCUGAAUCUGCAAAUCGCCCCCGGAAGCCUUGCAAUUGUACAAAGUCUUUAUGUUUGAAGUUGUACUGUGAUUGCUUUGCAAAUGGUGAAUUCUGCAAUAACUGCAACUGUACAAACUGUUAUAACAACCUGGACCAUGAAAAUGAUAGACAAAAAGCAAUAAAGGCUUGCCUUGACAGAAACCCUGAAGCCUUCAAGCCCAAAAUAGGGAAAGGAAAGGAAGGAGAAUCAGAUCGGCGACACAGCAAAGGGUGUAACUGUAAACGCUCGGGAUGUCUCAAAAACUACUGUGAGUGUUAUGAGGCAAAAAUCAUGUGUUCUUCCAUAUGCAAAUGUGUUGGCUGUAAAAAUUUUGAAGAAAGCCCAGAGCGAAAGACAUUGAUGCACUUAGCAGAUGCUGCAGAAGUUAGGGUCCAGCAGCAGACCGCUGCAAAGACAAAGUUAUCUUCCCAGAUCUCAGAUCUCCUAACAAGGCCAACACCAGCACUCAGCAGCGGUGGAGGGAAGCUGCCCUUCACGUUUGUAACCAAGGAGGUAGCCGAUGCAACCUGUGAAUGCCUUCUGGCACAGGCAGAGCAAGCUGAGAAGAUGGGCAAGUCAAAAGCAGCUGCGGAGCGCAUGAUCCUGGAGGAGUUUGGACGCUGUUUGAUGAGAGUUAUUAACUCUGCAGGGAAGUCCAAAAGUGACCCUUGUGCCAUGAACUGCUGACGCGUGCACAUGAGCCACAAUGAAGCAAACUGAACAGAACACUUAAGGCACAGGGACACUUUGAUUUGGAAUAGAGGAUUUAGUAACACUUGUCAAUUUGGUGCUUGUUUUAAUUGACUUGCAGAAGAUUAAACAAGAAAAUAUUUUAUAACAAGAUUUAGAGCCUUUUAAGUCUUAGCUGAAUUCUCUUCUACAUAAAAUGACUCCUAAAAGACAUUUUUUCUUCCUGAUGUACAGCUUUUAACUUGGGUUUCUUAAAAGAAAAAAAGAGUAGGUGUUUUCUUCCCUUUCCCCAAAAAUAACUGCCUGAAGGGCAUAUAUAAAUUAUUAUAAUAUAUUAUUUACAGUACAUAGAGUUGCGUUGCUUUGUGCAGGAAAACACGUGAUAACAAGAAAGAUACUUUGGCAACGGGCCUGCAGUGAGGAGUAUCUGUGUAUCGAAGUCACUUCUGAAAGGAAAUGUGUAAAAAUCAGCAUCUAAAUGGAAGGUAGUACCUACACUUGGGACCUGACACGGCAUAAUAAUCCCUUAGUGAACAGGGCGGUAUGAAAUAUGCAGGCGAGUAUGCAGUGGUUGCUUGCAGGUUUUUUGUCAACAAGUGGUUGGGAACCUCACUAGAGUGGGCCCCAAGGAAUUCUGAGGUAAUAGAAUAAAUGGAGAACGUUUGAUAUGAUCAUGGAUGAGGGCUCAAUGUUUUUUUUGUUUGUUUGUUUUUAAUGGAACUCAGAGGGUAAGAUAGUGGUCUGCUCUUAAAAGUGAGGAAGAACAGCCAUGCUACAGUGCUACUGUCUGCUUGUGCGGCAGGCAGAUGCUGUUGCUUGGGUGAAGCUUGGUGUUCUAGAGCUCUGCAGCAGCUCGAUCCUUCACUGCAGGUAGUGCUGUGCAGGCUGUUGUGUUUUCUAGGAUUAAGCUGUUUCCAUAGGAAGAUGUUUGAGCCUGAGAAGCUGAGGGUCAGCGGAGACAGCAGUGUUACAGUUGUCUUAAUGGGGACUCAGGACAAUCUGAAUCUGAACUGACCUGCAAAUGCAGGUGGAGAUAUUGCAUUCAGCCUGGUUGUGGGUCUUCGUGGUGCUACUUCUUGCAACUGUGGUGAUUUACUUGGCUUUUAAAGGUUUUGUGUCUAGGUUUGUUGGGUUUUUUUUGAGGGCUGUUUAGAAUGAUGGAGAGCACAGUGAUCAGAGGGGAUGCUAGCAUAGAAUCAAGAUUGCUGCUAAAACAGAUGUAUGGAUCCUUUGGCUCAAGAAAAAGAAGGAAAGGGAGGAAAGUAUACCAACAAAACACAACGGAGAGCUGUAUGUAGAAUGGGGCAGGGAAAUUUUCCAGUAUUUGUUGCAGGCAGUCUCAGAUCACUUUUUUGAUAGUGGAACGUAUUUGCAAAAUCAAUCUCAUAGGUUACUUACUAUUGUGAAUGUCAAUAACCAUGUUUAAUCACAGGCAUUUUUAAUAACUCUUUCUGUUCCCUGAGCAAUGUAGCUAGGUUUUUCCAAAAAGGAUUUUGUAUUCUUCAUGUAAAACUGUAAACACAGAGAUGCAGCAGAACUCUUUCUCCAGGUUUUCUAGCAGAGCUAAGCUGGGAAACCAGCAGCAGAGCCGAAUGCCUACAUGUGCAUGUGAUGGCAAAAAGAUGGAAGGAGGCUUCUGCUCCCUGCCUUCACUCUGUGCUCCUGCAUGCUGAGCUAACGCCCUUCCAUGCUUCCCUGGUGCACCUCCUAGAAUGGCUUGGGGGCACAAAGGAUUGGAAGGUGGUCAGCAGCAAUGGAAGGCCCAUCAGGUGGCUGUUGGAGACCAGGUCUGGACUGCUGGUCACUACCAGAAAGGCUCUGUCUGGUAGUAACAUCUCCCUGAGCGUGAACUGCAAGUAUAUUAGUGCAAAUCUCUGAAAAGGGAAUCCAUCCAUCUCCUCUGUAAGUAAAUGUCUGUUUUGUUUUUGGUUUUUUUUUCAGUAAUUAAGAUUUGGGUUUAUUAACAGUCAGUACAAUAACUUCUUACGUGUACAAGGGCUGCUCUGAAAGUAAUGCCUCCUAUUUUAUUACACUCGCCCACAACAUCAGAGGCAGAUGUUGGUGGCGUGGCAGGAGAGGUUAAACCUUCCUGCCAACAUUCUGUGGGGGCAGUCUGACAGAAGGGUGUCUGACAUGCAGGUACGUAUGAGGCAAAGGUGUGUCACUGAAUUCCUCCAUGCAGAGAAAAUGGCACCCAUUGACAUUCACCAACUCUGGCUGAAUGUUGAUGGAGACCAAGCAGUGGAUGUGAGCACAGUGAGGCGGUGGUUGUGCAUUUUAACAGUGGCAACAGUGGGUCACCUCUGGUGGUGCAGAGUUCUACGAGCGUGGCAUACAGGCUGUCAUUCAUUGCUGGUGAAAAUGUGUAGCUAACGGUGGGUGACUGAAAAAGAGCGUGUUGCAGCUGAGAAUUUGCUCUAUCAAAUAGUGUUAUUGUGCUCUUUGUUGUAGUUUACGUGGAAAUAAAUAAGAGGCAUUACUUUCAGAGCGACCUACAUAGGUAGUGCAGUUAUUCAGUUUACUUCUAGUGACCUAAUGUUGUAUGUCCAGUAAGAUUUGUAUAAAUGUAAAUUAGUGUAAGUGAAUAAAGUAAUAACUACUUACAUUAUUUUUCAAACAGAUUGCAAUAUGCCUUCUUUUGUUUAGACUUCAAUCCAUGUUAAUUUGUAUAUAUUAUGUGUCUUUCUCUAAAUUGCACCUUUUGUGAUGUGUAUUUAUAUACAGUGUGCAGAAACUUGUGAAAUUUAGAUUACAGUUGUAAUUAUGUAUGAUGGCAUUGCUUGAGAAUAUUUUGCUUCUAAAGACUUUGAAGGUGCAAUCAAAAGCUCUUAGUUUUUCAAUUUUGUUUUGAGCAAGCUUUCUCCAGUAUUAAGCUGGGAUUCUUCCCUUCUCCCUGGUGUAAUAUGUACGGAUUGGGUUUUGUACUUCCUUAGACAUUUGCAUCAAACUGCUGGACAAGAUUGACAGUCAAGCUCAUGCAGUUGUGUGAAAAUGAUUGGGAAUGGGACAAAGGUUCAUUUUGUAGUUCUGUUUACAUCUGAAAGUAGAAAAACUAAAUUUAUAUUUACUAGACCUAUUCAAAGAAUACACUUUUCUAUAUUGUAAAAAUAAAAGUCAGAUAAAUCACAAAGAAAAUAAACAUUUAUACUAUUCUGUAAA